UAUGCACACCGCCCACUUGCUAAACCAACGGUUGCGAUGUGCUAGCUGAAACUGCCGGAAUAAAGCGAUUAUAAGUUGUUUAUUCAAUGUUAAGUUAACGAGUAGUUUGCCGGGUAAAUAGUUAGUGACCUUGUAUUUAACCCCAAGUAGAUAUGUUAAUAAAGUGGCUAAUUUUCAGUGUUUGUUUUGAUCGCAGAGUUGGUAAAUAGGCUGUUGUUGUUGUGGCCUGCUAACUAGCUUAGCUAAGCUAGCAUUAGUUCAGCUGGUUCCUCUUUGCAUCUCAGAAACGAAGAGGGGGAAAUGGCACACCUUCACAGCUAACUCCCAAACCGAGGUUGUCUUAGUAAGGACAAGUUGUGGUGUUGGCCAGGGAUCAGAAAGUUGUCCCCAGCUAUGAGAGAAUCUAACCACUGACUGACAUCUCAGAGAAAUGGAGCUGUACUGGUACAUAGUUGUCAUUAUAUUCAUCGUCAUUAAGAUAUUCUUCUACGUGUGCUGGUAUCGAUCGAGACAGAGGCAGCUGGCGGCGUACCUGAGCAACCCACGCAACGCUCAGAUAGUCAUCGUUGGAGGAAGGGCCUACCUCCAUCAGAUGUGCGAAAGACAGAGUCAGACCUCAGUGUGGCCCAGUUGGUAUGGUGUUCAGGAUGAUCUGUCCAUAGAGGAGCCCUCCGCUAACCUGCCUCCAGCGGCAUCCUUCUCACAACUCGGACAUGCCACCACCAUAUGAGGCCCUCUCUGGAGAUGACGACCUGAAGCCCCCUCCCUACAGCGAGUGUGCUCACCACGUCGAUGAGACUGACGCUGCUCGCCCCUUCCAUCCCCCUCCCGCCGUUUCUGAGGGAGACACUAUUAGCAUAAAUGAAGCCCCGCCCCCUUACACACUGUCCCCCCCGGCAGUCAGCCAGCCAGACAUCCCUCUUUACCACAGCGAGUCAGAGAGCCGCCCCACCUAAACCCCCCCCCCCCCUCCACCAGCCUCCUAUAUGCCAGUUUGCCUUUUCCAUGCACUGCCUUCCUACAUUCAACCUCAGCCGUCUGAGAGCAGAUCUCUGGGUGGGGGGUGUGUGUGAGUGUCUGUUUGCUGGUUUCUAGAAGUUUUUCUACUUUGCGUUUUCUAAAAGCGGUCUUCCAACGAGAUAACGGAUGACAUGAGAAGCCUGCGUGCCUCAGUUUGACGCAGGAUAAAGAUAAACCCUCGGACCUCUAAGAUCAGAGCGGGGCAGAUAAGCAGACAGAGAUCUGUUUCAUAAAGUUGUUUCCUGCUCCUUGUCCAACUUCCUCUCUCAGAUAUAAAAAAGUUGUUCUGCAAACAUGUCGUCUUUAGUUCCUGUGAUGCCUAAUCUGUGGGCCAUAACUUCUGUAAAGCUGUAGACAAGAGCAAACUCUCCCUUUAUGAACAUUAGACACAUCUCAUAGCGACUAACAGACUUCACCUCGCUGUGAAUCAUAUUCACUUUUAUCUUGACACCACUCCCAUGUUUUAUUGGAAGACAAGAACUAUUUGAUCAUGAAUGCUCUAAUUGUCUUAAAUAAUUACCUCGUUAGUGUAACUGGUUAUGUUUAAUACAUCAUGGUGAUUAUUCUGGGACAUUAGGCAUUUCAGAGUGCCUAUUACAUCUGUGAGGGGAAGGGGGCGAGGACAAGUGGAGCCAGCAGUUUAUUUUAUGAUCAGCUCUGCUGCGUCAGCACCCAAACGCCUGACGGAGAGAUUCUGUGCAAACGGUGUAAGCGUGUAUUUUGUCUUUCCAAAUAGUUGCGGGAUCAUGCAAAAGGUUGCUUUGUCCUCGACACAUGAAAACAUAUUUACUGUGGCUGAAAAAUAAUCCAAUCAGUUGUAAUGUUGAUUUGAGGGAAAUAACAAGUGGAAACAACUAAAAAAUACACAUUUCUGGAGCAGAACGUUGAAAAUUCAACAACAAAUCUCAGUUAUUUUAAAUAUUGUUGCAAAAGAAACUAACCAAAAACCGUUUUUAACAGCGUCUGUUCCCCUGUAAUCCCCCGUUGGUUUGCCACAGGCUGGCAGCGGACUCUGUGUGUCCUGUUUGUGCUUCUGCUGUCCUGUUGCUUUAGGAAAGGCUGUUACUUUGCUUUCUGUCCCUUUCUGUUUCCCUGCAUCUCAGAUCAUUCAGAAGCAGCACUGUAAGGGGAACCGUUUCUCUUCCUGUUUUGUUACAGCAAGCAUAUAAUCCGUGUAUGAAUUCUGAAUAUUAGAAAAGAAUCAUGAAUGCUGUGUAGAUGUAUUUGGGGGAAAGUAUAUAAAAGGGUUUUUUUGUGGAGAAUUUAAAUUGUAAUUAUGUGUUUUGUGAUGACAAAUCCUGGGGCGUCGGUCACUGAUGCCUAAAAAACCCCGAACGCUGCGAGGUAGAAAAGCGAAUGUAGAUUCUGAACUGGAUUGACUGACAUGGUGAUGAAUAGAUAAUGAAUAAUUACAGGCUCCUCUGUAAUGACCGUCCUGUGUGCUAUCUUCAUGUUCAUUCCCACAGUGGUGACAUGAAAUCCACUCAGCUGUGCGAGGGAACCGGAACUGAUCUGUGUUUUUGAUUUGGGGAGAGGUCCGUCUUCUGUAUUAAACUGUUGUUCAUAA